AUGAUACUUCAAAAUGAAGGUAUUAACAUUAAUGUUGAAGGUAUAACACACAAUCUUAAAGGCUCCAUUGUUACAUUAUCUGGUGAUAAUUUGUCUGCACAUACAAUUGGUGGUUUUUCUGCAUGUUUCUCAUCUGGACGUAUUUGUCGAAAUUGCAUGGUACCACAUAUUAACAUUUGUGAUAUUAAAACUGAAAGUCAAUGUAAUUUGCGAACUAAAGCCAGUCACAAUUAUCAUGUUAACUCUGUGUUAAUUGAUCCAUCUUUGAUGCCUGUGUAUGCAGUUAAAAAGGAAUGCCCAUUUUCUAUGUUAAAUUAUUUUCAUCCAAUCGAUUCCAUGCCCCAGGACAUAUUACAUGACAUAUUGGAAGGACUGAUGAGUGUUAAUUUUAGCGUUGUUAUAAAAGGCCUUGUUAAAGAUAAGUUUUUGACAAUCUGUGAGCUCAGAAAUAUACUAAAAAUUUUUAAAUAUGGGAUUACUGAACGCUGUGAUAAACCAUUGCCUUCAAAUGUUCCACUUAAUUUAGUAUCCAGUAAUAAGCAUAUCAGCGGAAAAGCUGUGGAGAGGUGGUCAUUGUUUUAUCAUCUUCCAUUAUAUAUUGGAAAAAUUGUACCAAAAGAAAAUGAAUAUUGGAUGCUACAUUUGUUAUGUAGAAGAAUGUGCCAAAUUAUUCUUUCACCAAUUAUUGAUAUAGAGUGGAUUCCUGUACUCACCCACUUUAUUACUAGACACCAUAAGUUAUUAACAAGGUUAAACCCAAAAUCAUUUACACCCAAGAUACAUUUUCUUGUUCAUUAUCCAGGAAUGAUUGCCCAAUUUGGUCCUCUUAGAUUACUUUGGUGUCUAAGAUUUGAAGCAACACAUCAAUAUUUUAAACAAAUUGCUCAUCGUGUGAAAAACUUUUGA